CAUAAAAAUGAAAAAAACUAGGCUGGAAGACAGAGGAAUCUAUACCUGCAGUUUUCCAAUCCAGUCCAGUGACAAAACAUUUCGCAUUGAGCUUGUUGUUGGUGCAGCUCCAAAGCCAUAUGUCAAAAUGCUUAAAACAAAGGGCUUACUGGAGUGUGAAGUUCCAGGUGCUUAUCCUAAACCUACAGUAGAGUGGUGGGACAGUGAUAACAAAACACUUCAUUCUAAGACGCUAGAGGACAGAGAAGAUCAAGAUCGCUUCUACAUCAUCAUCCAAACUAGUGUGACGAAGCCUGACUGCUAUCGUUGUGUAGCCACGCAGAUGGAAAUCCGGCAUCGGAUUUCUUCAGAAACCUGUGUGUCCGAAGUUCCAGGGCUCCCUGCUGCACUCAUCGGUGUUAUUUGUUUUAUUGUUGGUGCUCUUGCUGUUGUGGCUGUUCUUGUGGUUAGAAGAUACUGUUCACGAAGAACAGAAAAUGGACGACUUGAUGUGGUGUAAAAUGCUCUUGACUCUAAACAACCUUCAAAAGUGUGAGGUCAUAUUUUAUUUUUUAUUUUUUUUAACUUAAGGCUUUAGUCUGUCCUCCAAGUAAAUAUUGUACUGAUUUACUAAAAUGUAUGUCACAAUGCUCAAUAUUUGGUUAUAAUAUUGACAUACUUCAGAGUCAAACCUGAAGAUCACCCAAACUGUCACAGUCCAACAUUCACUGUCCUUCACGUUCAUGGUUUAAAAUUACACCACUGUUUCUUCUACUCGUGGUACCAAUGUCUUUCACAAUCCUCAUGAAGUUUUACCUUCACACUUUGCUGAGUUUAUAUUUUAUUAUUAUGGUUAUUCAUUUACAGAUUUCAGAGUGUUGUUGUCUUCAUAUAAACAGUCAUGAUUUAUUAUUAUUAACAUGCUUCCUUCCACCUGCACAUAUUAGCUUUUCUAUUUUCACUUUUAACAUUAUUUUUUUCCUCAAAAGUUAAAAAGUUCCCAUGUUGUUUAAAAAAGAAAUAGAAAAAUUACAAUCUUAAAAUCACUGUGGAUUGAUGAGGACACUGUAACCAUCCUCGUGUUAACAUAUACAGUGCAUAGUCACUUUUCCAUCAUUUAAACCUUAAUUUGAUCAUUUACUGAUCAUCUCAGUGUUUCCUCUCCUGCUGCAGUUUAAUGGCUCCUUCUCUGACUCUUUUCCCAUUUUCAGUACAAAUCUGAGCUGCAUUUGGAAACUUUGCUAAUGACGUGAAGAUGUUUCACGAAAUCCUCUUCAAUUUAAAUGGACCAAACACAGUAUGAGGUUUUCUUUAGUUGCCUAACUUUAAGCUUACAGUAAUUAAAACCUACCUGAGAUUUUCCAAACAUGACUUUAACAGUAAUUAUACUGUCCUGCUGAGAUAUUGUUAGGACAAUACAUUUUGACUUUUGACUACCAUGGGGCGACCGUGGCUCAGAGGAUUGGGAAG